AUGAUAAUACGCAACGCUGCGGUGCGGCAUGGCCGCCGCCAAUUGGCUGCCCCUGUCGCACGCUCCGUGCUCCUGCGCCAUCUCACGACAGCCUCGACUCCGACCGCCACACCAACGACACACGCCUGGCCCGAGGCGCAGGCCGAGCAGCCGGCGCCGCCCAAGCUCUUCUCAGCGUCCAAGAAAAAGCAGCGUCGCGACAAUGCCUCCAUCAGCCUGAGCACCAACACCGGCCACGAGCACUACGGCACCAAGUGGACGAGAUCGCACGAGAUCGGCGGCCGGGAGCUCUCGCCCAAGAAGCAAUACGCCGAGUUUGAGCGGGUGCAGAGGUCGACGCGGUCGGUAGGCACGCGGGUCGAGCGGCGGUACGUGCCGUCGGAGCUGAUUGCGAACCCGCCGACGCCCGAGGACGUGUCGCUGGAGCUUCUGAUGGCCUCACAGACGCACAUGGGCCACAACACGUCGCUGUGGAACCCGGCCAACGCGCGCUACAUCUACGGCGCCCGCCAGGGCAUUCACAUCAUCUCGCUCGAGGCAACGGCGGCGCACCUGCGCCGCGCGGCCCGUGUAGUCGAGGAUGUGUCGUACCGCGGCGGUCUCGUCCUGUUUGUGGGUAACCGGCCCGGCCAGAUGGAGAUUGUGACGCGCGCGGCCGAGCUGGCGGGUGCGUGCCACCUAUAUACGAAAUGGAUCCCGGGCAGCAUCACCAACCGUGAUGUGAUUCUCAGGAACAAGGGCAUGAAGGUUGUCGACGGCAAGGACAAGGAGCUCGAUGAUUUUGACGGGUUCAAGAAUACCGCGCGCCCGCUGGUGCCGGAUCUGGUUGUGUGCCUGAACCCCAUGGAAAACUAUACGCUACUUUACGAAUGCGGCCUGGCCAGCGUGCCUACCAUUGGUGUCAUUGAUACCAAUGCCAACCCUACCUGGGUGUCUUAUACAAUUCCCGCCAACGACGACAGUCUACGAUCGACCGCCGUCAUCGGCGGUGUCCUGGGCCGUGCCGGCCAGCGCGGCCAGGAGCGUCGUCUUGCCGAGGCCAAGAACGGCAACGUCACAUGGCAGACACCGCCGCCGCUGGAGACCCAGAUGCAAAGGGACAUCAAAACAGCCGUGCAACAACGCAAGGAGGUCAUGGGCCGCAUGCAGGCCAACCUGGUCGGCUUCAACGAGGAGGAGCUCCAGAUCCUGCAGACUGAGUACGACGGCGCCGCCAAGUCGGUCAGCGAGGCGGACAUGGUCAAUAUGAUGGCUGAGACGUCUGUCGAGGAGGCGGCCGAGGCACAUGCCCCAGUCGUGGACCUGGCGGCCAAGGCCGGCGAGAUUGCGGCCAGCCUGGACACAGCCAAAACCCACGCCUCUACGCUCCAGUCGGAUAUUGCAGAUAUUCGGAACCCGGUGUACUGGUAUUGGCAUAAAAAAUUGUAUACGCCAAAGCAGCAUUACAUAAAGAAAAGAACACAGUCUGUCCAAGCUCAUGCCGCAGCCAUGCCCGCUGUCGUCGACGACCCGGCCAGCCCCACCAUCUACCGCGUCUCCGGGCAGGCUCCGUUCCCCGACCCGGGGGCGCCGCUGCCCGAGACCAUUGUCCCGCGCAGGGUGACGCUGCGGGACCGGCAGACGGUGGCCACGAUCCUGCCCAUCGUGUCGGCGCGGCACCAGGUGCCCUCCUCGCUCAUUACGUACCUCUGUGGGCAGAUCAACCGCGAGAUUGACGGCGGCGACACAUAUCCGAUGAUGGAGCCGUUCACGCCCGCCGGCUUCGCGGCCUACUGGUUCCAGAACUUUGGCGCCGUCAUGCUGCUCGGCGACUUUGCCAGCGCCGACGACGUGCCCGACAGCCACGACUGGGCGCGCGACUGCCUCGGCAGCUUCUACAUCAAGCCCAACUACCCGGGCCGCAGCAGUCACGUCUGCAACGGCGGGCUGCUCGUCACGGACGCCUCGAGGAACCGCGGCGUGGGCCGGCUGAUGGGUGAGUCGUACAUUGACUGGGCGCCGCGGCUCGGGUACACGUACAGCGUGUUCAAUCUCGUCUACGAGACAAACGUCGCCUCGUGCAAGAUCUGGGACGCGCUCGGCUUCAAGCGCAUCGGCCGCGUCAAGGGCUGCGGCAACCUCAAGAGCCACCCGGAUCGGCUCGUCGACGCCAUCAUCUACGGGCGGGAUCUGCCGCCGCCGCGCGUCUCCGGCGACGGCGACGACGACGGCGGCGACGACCUGCUCGUCGUCAGCGAGGAGCGCUUCGACAAGAUCCGCUACUACCUCAAGUUUGGGCGCUACCCCAACGGCGCGGAUCGCGCCGAGAAGAGCCGCCUGCGCUCCGCGGCCACGCACUACAAGCUGCUCGAGGACGGCGACACGCUGAUGCUCAAGGACAAGCUGGUCGUGUCGGACCCCGCGCGGCAGUACGAGAUUGCGCGCGAGACGCACAGCUCGCACCACGGCGGCAUCAACAAGACGACGGCGAUUAUUGCGGAAAAGUACCACUGGAGCCGCAUCAAAGAGACGGUCAGCGACGUGAUUCGCCUGUGCAAGGAGUGCAAGGAGCUCGCCAAGGCGCCAAACACCAACGGCAACGGAGCCGCGGCAGCGGCGACGACCGCUGCGGCAGGGCAGACGGCGGUAGGGCGGGCAACGGCCUCUAAGCCAACAACGCCCGUGGCCGGCGUGAAACGCUCCCGCUCUCCUUCGCCCGAGAAGAACGGCACCAGUCCGUCAACGAUGCCGCGCCCGCUCUCACCACCACGAAGCGCGCCGCCCGAAGCACCCCACCACCGGCCCCUUUCGGCGGACACAAUCACGCAUGUCGACAACGACCGGGUAUUGGGUCUGCGCACCCACCACACCAACAGCACGCUGCUCCCCGGCGCGCUCUCCUCGUCGUCCUCGCUAUCGACCGCCGUCCACCCCCUCCUUCACAGCAGCAACGUGAGCCCCGGCCCGUACGCCAACCCAAGCGACAUCUCCGUCGUGCGGCCCUCGCAGACCACCCUCGCCGCAGCGACAGCAGGCUUCCUGCAGCAGCACAGCAGCCACGCGCACAACGGCGGCGGCGGCGGCGGCAGCAGCAGUCCGGACCAGGAUGACGACGUGUACCAGCCGAUCGACCCGCAAAUCAUGAACCACGACGACGGCAUUCACGCGUUUGACGGCUACCACGCGCACUCGGACUUUCAGGCGCUCCUGCACGCGACGGAAGACGACGACGGCGGCGUGGCGGAGAGGGAGCGUCGGGCCGCCGUGGAUCGCGACCUGGAGAUGCUGAUUGAGCAUCACGACGACGACGACGAUGACGAUGACGACGAGGCGGCGGUACUGGCGGCGAAAACGGAGAAAAAGAGCAGAAGUGGUAGUAGUGCAGAGAAUGAAGGUAGCGGUGGCACUGCUGAGGGUGCUGCUGCUGGCGGCGGCGGGCAGGCGGAUGCGGACAUGGACGAUUUGGAUGAUUCUGUAUUGCAGGAUCCGAGGGAUUGGACGUAA